AUGGGAUCCUUGAAGUCAUUCAUUAAGGCUGUUAGGAAGGCAAAGACAAUUGCAGAUGAAAAGGCUGUGGUUAGCAAGGAGUCUGCUGCAAUUAGGACUGCCUUUAGAGAUCCAAAUUUCGAUCAAACUGAGAGAAGAAUCAACAUAUCCAAGUUGUUAUACUUAUAUAUCAUAGGUGAAAAGACUCACUUUGGUCAGGUAGAAUGCCUUAAGUUGUUGGCGUCACCGAGAUUUGCGGACAAAAGAUUGGGAUACUUGGCCACCAUGUUGUUGUUGGAUGAGAAUCAGGAAGUACUCACGUUAUUAACUAACUCAUUAGAUAACGAUAUGCAGCAUCCCAAUGCCUAUGUUGUCAGUUUAGCAUUAACUUGCCUUGGGAACAUCGCAUCUCCUGAAUUAGCUAGGGAUCUCCAUGGAAAUGUCGACAAGAUUAUAACAACUAAUAAUAGCUUCUUAAGAAAAAAAUCAUGUAUAGUGGCAGCUAAGUUAAUUGAUAGAGAUCCAGAAUUAUCUGAAAUAUUCUUGCCGAAGGUACCAACUUUGUUAGGAGACAAGCAAGCAGGGCCCUUGUUGGGGUGCUUAAGGUUAAUACAAGCAUUGUACUUUGCCCACGAGGAAAAUCGACCGAAUUUAAUCAAAACAAUUCCCAAGAUAGUCAGUCAUUUGAAAAGGAUCUCUACGAGUGGAUAUUUACCAGAUUAUGAUGUUCUAGGUAUUAGUGAUCCAUUUUUACAAGCUACUUUAUUGUCAACAUUGAGGAUUUUGGCAUCAGACAAGGUAUCAGCCCAAGAGUAUUUAGACCAAAUCAACGACAUAUUGACUCAAGUUGCAUCUAACAUUGAAAGUGGGAAAAAUGCCGCUCACGCUGUCUUAUACGAGUGUGUGAAAACUAUCUUUGCCAUUGAGUCUGAUCAAUCCUUAAGGAUUUUGGGGGUCAAUUUAUUAGGUAAGUUUUUAUCUACAAAGGAUAAUAACACAAGAUAUGUUGCUCUCGAUUCUCUAUUGACAGUUGUUAGCAUUGAGCCAUUGGCUGUUCAGAGACAAAGGACUAUUAUUGUGAAUUGUUUAUCGGAUGGUGAUGUAUCGAUUAGGAGAAGAGCCCUAGAAUUGAGUUUUGCAAUAUUGAACGAACAGAAUAUCAGAGUACUUGCGAGAGAAAUCCUAUCAUUCCUAGAAGUUUGCACCGAUAAGGAUUUGCAGACUUACGUCACAUCUCAAUUGACUAUUGCAGCAAGUAGAUAUGCUCCAAAUGAAAAAUGGCAUUUUGACACCCUCAUUAGAAUGUUGAAACUUGCAGGGAAUCAUAUCACUUCUGACAUUGUGUCCAAUAUUUUUGCUCUUAUCCUACAAUGUAGCAACUUUGACUUGAAGAGGCAUAUAAUGAGUAGACUAUUUGCUUCCUGCUUAGAGGAUUCCACUCAGUUCGGUCUUUCUUUAAUAACAGUCUGGACUUUAGGUGAAUAUGCUGACUUGAUUUUAAACACUGAAAUUGAAUUGAAUGAAGGAAAGAAUCAUCAAACUGUGACAGACGAUGCAAUCAUAAAUUUACUAGAUCAGUUGAUUAAUAAUUCCACUUAUUCAGAAAUUGAAACCAUUCAACUUGUCACGUAUAUAUUGACUGCGGCUAUAAAAUUGUCAAUAAAAUUGAAAAAAGCGGAAGCUAUUGAAAAAUUGAGGUUGAUAAUCAAUUCAAAGACGCACGACAAUAACUUAGAAAUACAGGUCAGAGCAGUAGAAUAUCAAGAACUAUUCAAUGAAGACUUAUCUUUGAAGAAAGGGUUAUUGGCAAAAAUGCCGGCUCCAGAAAUUAAGCAUAGAGAGUCCGUCUCCUUAUUUAGUUCGCAUAAGCAAAAUAAGUCUGGAAAUACAAAUAAUUCACUGGGAAUGAUUUCAAAUACGGACGAUUUAUUAUUGGAUUUGAUGGACGAUAUUCCAAAUCCAAAUCAAACACAAACUUCAAGCGACAUAUUAUUGGACAUAUUUGGAAGCUCUAACGGAGCUGAAUCUUCAAAGCAAGCUACAUCGACGAAGCCUACCUCCUCCCCAAAACCAGUAUCCAAUGGCCAAAAAUCGUCGUCAUUCUCGUCGUCAGCUUCGCCAAUUGAAGUUUUCUCGAAUGGGAAUAUUUCCGUCUUACUAGUCCCAGUGUCUUUCGGAAAUGGUAUUGGUAUAAUUGAAGCAGAAGUCCGAUCCGUCACUUCUUCCUCUAUCACUCAAUUUCAAUUGCUUAUUGCAGUACCAAAGUCUCAGAAGCUUACUAUUUCCUCUAACCUGGGUGGUGAUACUCUCACAAGUGGUUCAGUCAUCAAGCAGACGCUAAAAGUUGUCGGAAAGCCGGAUUCUAAGAUCAAAUUUAGAGUUCGUGCAAGAUACCUACUUGAUGGACGCAAUGUAGAGGAUCAAUUUGACUAUUCUGGUUUCGAUCUGACUCUAUAA